AAUACUUUUAAUUUAUUUUUACUAUUUUGUUUUCUCGCGAAGAAAAUGCCGCCUAAAGAUCCCGAAUUGAUCGCUCUCAAAAAAGAAUUGGAAGACUUAAUUGCAAAAUGUCAGAAAGACCAAAAAAGCAAACAAGACAAAACCAUCCAAGAAGUGUGCGGCGACAUGUCUGAUCCGCCCAAAUGCAAAUUGGUCACUAAAAAAUUGCUUAAAGGACACAUCAACAAAGUGAAUUCCAUUCAUUACAGCGGAGACAAUAGGCACGCUGUUUCUGGGUCGUUGGACGGAAAAUUGAUAAUAUGGGACACGUGGACCGGCAACAAAGUCCAAGUGAUACCGUUGCGCUCGGCUUGGGUCAUGUCCGUCGCCUUUGCGCCAACCGGAAAUUUCGUCGCUUGUGGAGGAAUGGACAACAUGUGUACCGUUUACGACCUGAACAACCGGGACUCAAACGGAGGAGCGAAAAUGGUUCGAGAGCUGUUGGGUUAUGAAGGAUUUCUGUCGUCUUGUCGAUUCGUCGACGACAAAACAUUGAUCACUGGUUCGGGAGACAUGAAAAUCUGCACGUGGGACUUGGAAGCCGGCAAAAGGACAAACGAGGUGGAAGCAGCUCAUUGUGGCGACGUGGUCUCGUUGUCACUGGCGCCGGACCUGAACACUUUCAUAACGGGCAGCGUUGACAAAACUUGCAAGCUGUGGGAUCUCAGGGAACCAAAGUGCAAGCAAAUGUUCUUUGGUCACGAGGCCGACGUGAAUUCUGUUUGUUAUCACAACAGCGGUUUUGGAUUUGCAACGGCUUCAGAAGAUAAGUCGGCUCGAAUGUAUGACAUCAGAUCCGACCAACAAGUGGCCAUGUACAAACCGCCCAACGGUACUUCCGGAUUUACGUCUUGCGGUCUGUCCGUAUCCGGUCGAUUUCUGUUUGCCGGCAGUGACGACAACUCCAUUCAUAUCUGGGACACGAUGAAAGUCCAACACAACAGUACAAUGUCCGGUCACGAGAACAGAGUGACCUCGCUGAGCGUUUCGCCCAACGGCAUGUCGGUGGUCUCCAGUUCGUGGGACAACAACGUUAGGGUUUGGGUUUAAACGGAUUUAAAUAUCGUUCAAUCGAGUGGCAUCACACGAAUACUUUUUAUGUGCUUUGACGGGGUCCUUUUAUUUAAUCGAAAUCAGUGGGUAUAGUUUUGACAAAAAAAAAAUAUUUAAAUCAGAGGAGUAAAUAAUUGUUGUUUAAAUCAAAAUAGUGAUUACCUAUACUACAGCAAUAUUAAAUACACCAAUAGCCUAUACACAUAGUCUGUCCCACGAAUAGCAUGCUUGAAUGGCAAUUACUACUUUAUCUUUCAUCACAAUGUUUGUCACGCUUUCCAUCCUUUUCAGCGGUUACAAAAAAAAUAAACAUAAUCGACAGACGACAUCUAAUUUGGCUUAUGCCGUGUAAUAACAGUUAGCACUCAGUAUUUAAUUGUUAUUUUAAUAAUAAAGACGUCGUUGUUCGUGAA